AUGGAAAGCAGAAAAUUUAUAACACCAUUUGUGAAACAAUGUUUCGUUACAGCAGCCGUUGGCGCUAAUAUAAUAAGUUUCGGCUGUGUCUGUGGCUUCCCGGGGAUCCUUCUGCCUCAGUUGAAGAGUGAUGACUCACCUAUACCACUGUCAAAAGAAGCUGAAUCAUGGAUUGCGUCUACUCUAGCUCUAAGUCUCCUUCUUGGAAACUUCGUGACGACGCACAUCAUGGAGCGUCUCGGACGGAAACCAGCGCACUAUAUCGUCUCAGUCGUUGCCAUCGUUGGCUGGUACAUUACUAUUUUGGCAACUAGCGUCGAGGCUUUAAUCGCUGGCAGAUUAUUACUAGGCAUAUCGGGUGGUAUACUGAUGAUUCUACGGUCAAUUCUCAUCGGCGAGUACACAAGCCCUCGUAAUCGCGGCGCUUUCCUCACUACUGUGUCUCUUACUCAAGCGUUUGGUAUAUUCUUCGUCCAUCUAAUGGGAUCACUGCUGAGCUGGCAAAAGACUGCUUUCAUAUGUGUAUUUUUCCCAUUCACAAGUCUCGUAAUGAUCACCUAUACCCCGGAAUCUCCAAGCUGGUUGCUUGCAAAGGGCAGAUACGAUGAAUGUAGAACGGUUUUUCGAUGGUUACGAGGAAUUGAGGAAGAUCAGGAGUUAGAGGAUAUGAUAAAUGCUAGAAAGUUAUUUAAUGAAGAAGCUAUAAAGGAAAACAAAACCAAUGGGCUCGCACAUCUGCUAACAAUAAUUAGAAAAAAAGAGUUUUAUAAACCAAUAAUGGUCAUGAUUCAUAUGAAUGCGAUGUCACAGUUCUCUGGUGGAACCACAAUGGCCUCAUAUUCAACCGUCAUACUUGGCCUUUUGAUGGGGUCAAACACAAAUGCACAUUUUUGGAUGGUCGUUUUGGAUACGCAAAGGAUCAUUUUCAAUGCAGUCGCUGUGUAUGUCAUUAACAGGGUCAAGAGACGUGUAAUGGUGUUUUCUACAGGAGGUCUCAGCGUUGCGUGUCAUUUUGCCAUCACAAUAUACGCUUACUGCAGAUACCACGGUUGGGAAUAUGAUGCAAUGUGGCUACCGGCUUUGCUAAUCAAUCUACAGUUCUUUGCAGUGGCAGUAGGUACUGUACCGAUGCCACAAGUUAUCGGCGGAGAGGUGUUUCCUCUAGAAUACAGGAGCAUAGGAGGUACUAUAAGUUUAACGGCAGCGGCAGGAAUGAUGUUUUUAGUAUUGAAAUCAUUCCCUUCGUUGAUAGAUAGCACCGGAUUGCAGGGCACUUAUUUAUUAUACGCUGUAAUUAUAUUAGUAAAUUUGAUUAUUGUUCUUAUUAUGCUGCCAGAGACGAAAGGGAAGACGCUUCAACAAAUAGAAGACGAGUUCAGGGGACGGCUGAUGACGCUUGAGGAGCUAGAAUCGAGAAUAUCCUUGAGCUCAAACCCAGUGGAAAGCUUCAAAAGAAAGCUGUCAGAGAAGAGAUGUAGUAUUCCUGUUUUAGUACAAUAAUAUUGUUAUAAUUUUGAUUUUUUGAUACUAUUUAAAUUUAAUAAGAAGCUAUGUGA